AUGACUGAUCUCAUGGCAGCAACGGGUCUUGGAAUUCCAAGUUCCGAAUGGCUACCUGAAAUAAUCCAUAUUUCACCACUACAAUUCUCCUCAUCAACUUCAAACUUUAGAAUCAAUGACACAAUCGAAACACUGGUCUACCGGUUGUUUAUUGAUUAUUGGUCAAGUGAAAUAUCUUAUGAACGAUAUUAUAAUGCAUGUGCACCAACACAUUGUACUUAUUUGUAUGAAAAACGUUUGGAUGUUCUUUAUGCAGUCACAAUUUUCUUGACUGUUAUCAAUGGACUUUUACUUGGACUUCGUUUUGUUGUUCCAAUUUUCGUUCGACUGGUAUACAAAUUACGAAAUCGUCUUUGCGGUUAUCAUGAAUGA